AUGGACGUUGUAAGAAAAGCCCGGGAGGCUAUCAAAGGUGGCCACCACAUAGAUGACGAGCCGGAGCUGCCGGGCUUUAGCGACAAUGCCGCCUUCAACAAGGAUGCAUAUCCCGAUAGCGAGCAGGACACGAGGUCGAAGACACAAAAGGUCAAGGACAAGGUGAAGUCGAUCAAGGACGCGACGGUACAUCCACGCGCCAAGGCGCAACGGAAGUUUACGCAGCACAUCAAGAUCAAUGAGCAGCCGUGGUUGGACAAUCAAGGGUCCGCGAACGAGGAACUGUUUGAAGCUCACGAUGCGCUGGAUGGGGCAAAGGAAGUGGUGCUGCCGAACUUGCCGGACGAGGAGCGCGCCACCAAGGAACAUGCAUUACGAACACGUGUUCAGGCGGUGGAGGAGCAAAGGAUGGAGUUGCAGAUCGCUUGGCAUAUGGAUCGAUACGUGAGACGCGUGCGAGCAGUCAGGCGACCGCUAGUCUAUCCGCGGCAGGAGCGAUACCGAUAUUAUGAUGCCGGAGGAAAGUACGAAGGGUUGCAGUGGGUGAAGUGGGUUGGACAUCUCGCGCUUUACGGCUUCCAGAACUGCAGUCUCCAAUACAUCGAACCGACAAAUGCCGUAGCGUAUGACCGCGACAUCCUCAUCCGCCGCAUCGAGCGUCUCGUGCUUGCCUCCGAGGCCUUCCAGCUCUGGUGGAUGCGGGUGCGGAAUGUCUACACCUGGUCGGAUCCUUGGCUCACGACAAAGUGGUUCAUACUGUAUCUGGUCCUGCUCAAACUCAACUACAUGAUGAGCUUCUACUGGCUCUACCUUCUGUACUCGGUCGUGACCAAUUUCGACGGAAGACAUAGUCGAGGCUGGAUGAAGGACUCCCACGGUCGCGCCACAAAGUCACGGAAACGUGCAAACAUGAUGUCGGAGCUAAUAAUCCGCCACGGCUCUGAUGCAUGGGUAGAGCCCUUCCUAGACGAGUUUGGUCCCUGGAUUCAGCUUCAACUCAGCGACUUGUGCGAUUACCUGGAGAUCUGCGCAAAUUACUACGACUGGCGCAAUCCCACGUCAGUUGCUUGUACAUGCUUUGCGUAUGUCUGCCUCUUCCUGAUAAGCGCCAUCCCAAGUCUGGACUGGUCGAUUCGAGUCUUCUGGCUAUCUUGUGGGCUCUACUUCUUCCUCAGCCGUCCCAUCUCAACGAACUACCCACGUUUCCGACAUGUGGUCGACCCCAUGAGGUGGAUGUAUUGGGAUAGCCCAACCAUGUCUGAAGGGGGCUUUCGAUAUCUGCGCGAGCAGACCACUGCGUCGCUCAACCGGCCCCUUGAUCCACAAUUAGAACUCGAUGCACGCGAGCAUGGGAAUCCGGAUGACGAGGACGACGAAAUGGAAGUCUUCUUCGAUUGCUUGUCAACGCCACACACCGCAGGCGGAGACCUCUUGCCCAAGGACUCUGGGAAGGUUGUCAAAGCAUUUUCGGCACGAUGGAGCGGUAGUCUGGGCCGUCUGGAACUCACUCGAACCACGGCGCAAUUCGUCCCCACCUCAAGAUUGCAGCGCAAGCGCGAGAUAGUAUGGCAGCGACCACUCUCCGACAUCCUCGAGGUCCGCAAAGCAGUGCAGUCUCCUGGUAAAUUACCAAAGAUCACUACCAAAUACAAAGAAGCUCUGAGCAUUAUCUGGACACCUUUGCAAAAUAGUAGACUGGCUAGCACAGAAGAACAGCCGAAUGAAGUAUUACUUCACGACAAGGAUUCCGGCGAAGAAUUCUUCUAUGGUAUGACUGAGGACAAGCGGAAUGAGGCUUUCAACGCGCUGGUAGGACUUGCGUCAAGCGAGGCGAGUGUGCUCUGGAUGGAGUUGCCGCCGGAGCCCGAGUGGCAGAUGAGGGUUCACUAA